AUGCCGGACCAGGCCACCGAUCGGACUGGCACCAAGGAUAUCGAGCCGAAAACGGAAAAUCAAACCCAGAUCCAACUCGAUCAAGCCCAGAUCAAACUCGAUCCCGGCGAAGAACCCGACGCAAAACUCCCGAUCUGCCGGACUGAGGGCAUCGGACAACGAGAUCCGCCGGCAGAAGGAUCUACAGCGACCACUCCACAGGAUGCCGAGGACGAUGAGGAGAUAUAUUACCAUGACAGUGGCGAUCUCUCAGCGAAAGAUCUGGAAGGAAACCUGGCUGUCCUCCCCGAAAUCCCGAUCUCGACGACUGCGAAGGUGAGCAUUGAGGAUCUGCAGAUAAUCGGGAAGAAGCGACAUCUUCUGAUCGGCAAAGGGAACGCCUUACCCCCAGCGGCCAAGGGCGUCGUGUGCGAUAUCGAUGUUGGAAACGCGAAACCGAUCGCACUGCGAACCCGGAAAGUGGCCACGCGAUUUCGCGAAAAGGUCGCAGGCCUGAUCAAGGGCCUCCUGGCAGCCGAGAUCAACCGACCCUCGACAUCGCCAUGGGCGUCACCGAUCGUGAUUGUUCGCAAGAGUAACGGUGUGGAUAUCAGGUUGUGCAUUGACUACAAGUUGUACUGUUCGCUGUAUAUGGCCAGCGGCUUCUGGGUCGUUCCCAUGACGGAUCGGGCUCGCGAGAUCUCAGCAUUUAUCACCCCGUUUGGAUUAUUCGAAUGGAGUCGCAUGCCUUUUGGCCUAAAGAAUGCCCCGCAGAUUUAUCAACAUCUCGUAGACAACGCGCUGUAUGGUUUUUUGAAGAUCUCGCGAUCCGGUGACGCUGGGGCUACAACGAACGUGUUCCGGACAGGGGUCGCGGACGAUCCUGAUCUGGAAGAUCUGUUGGAAGCUUGUGAUAAGCGGAAUUUGUCGAUCGGUGUAGCCAAGAGCUUUGGGGGCAUGGAUAAGGUAGGAUAUCUGGGACACCGAGUGUCGAUCGGGGGUCUGGAGGCGAAGCCAAAAGAUCUGAAAUCCCUGGCCGAUCUAUCAUUCCCCGGAUCACUUCGAUCUAUGCAGUCGUUCCUGGGUAGUUUGAAUUACUACAGCCGAUUCAUUGAAGACUACGCUAUCUACGCUUCGGUGCUCUAUGAGUUGCGCAAGGUGGAGUUUGCAGAACUGGAGAAACGAUCGGAUCUGAGGAAGAUCAUGGACCAGAACGAUGAGAUCACGACCCACCGGAACGGAAGUUGA